CGGAAGUAUCCCUUAUGUGUGUUUUUUUAGCCUGGAGAAUUGGGUAAUAGAAUCCCAAAUUCAACCUUAGAAAUUUGUUUCAGCCUUUCUAUCUUCCACCCUUUCUCUCCAUCCUCAACCACUGUACUCCUUCCUCUACCACCGCCAUUACAACGCCUCUAAACAGCCAUUGCAGAUGUCAGACAAUCCAUACGAGAGAGUUAAAGGAGGUCGCUUAAGCUUCAAAGGUGGAGAACUAGCAACUCGCGCAAAAACCAUUGACAAGAAGAAAAAGAAGAAGAAAAACAAAGAAAUUCAACCAUCUGAUAUUCUAGAUGAACAACAAUCCGCCAUUGAUACUGCUUCUGGAGAUGGUAUUUACACCAUUGAUGCUGCCAAAAAGAUGAAAUAUGAUGAUCUUUUUCCUGUCGAGGCUAAGAAAUUUGGGUAUGAUCCUAAAGCUGCUAAAUCUAAGUCUGUUGAAGAAGCUCUUGAAGAUCGUGUUAAGAAGAAGGCUGAUCGUUAUUGUAAAUAGAGGGGUUCAGAAGGCUUAUCGAGGCUUAUUGACAGAAAAAAGACUAGGAUGCUCAUUAUUAUCCUCAUGUUAGCUAGCAUAAAAUGCUCGAGAGUUUGGAGACCCAUGCCUUUCAAGGCUAUUGAAGCAUUGUAUGCGUUUUAUGUAUUGUUAAUGGUAUCUGGGUUCAUUACCCACUGUUGUAUAUUCUUGGCUUUGAAGGUUAGACAGUUUCUGAGAUUAAGGUUAGAAAGUUCAUGUUUAGCAUA